UGAAAAUGGCGCGACUUCUUCUGCAACGUUUAAAACCCUAAAGGCCUCUCUCUCUCUCUCUCUCUCUCUUCACAAGCUCGCGCAGAUAUGGCGUUUCUGGCUCGCACAGCAGCUCAGGCUCUUCGCCUGCGAGCGCCGUGCAGAUUCUACUUCUCCUCCUCUCUCGGUCGGUACCGGCAGGGCAGAGGACAUGCAAUCUCCAAUGUAAGGGAGCAUGCGCGUUCUUUUUCCGCCAGCGUUGAAGAGACGGACUUUGAGUGCGAUGGACUCCGGGAUGAUCCCGGGACAGCACACAGAGAGAAUACGUUACGCAAGGCUCUUUCUAGCCUUGCUGGUGAUUUUGGAAGAGAGUCUAUGUUGUCUUUGCGGAGGUUCUUCAGCUCAAGGCGUGAACCAGUAAUAUCAACGGGCUCUCUAAAGCUUGACUUGGCACUUGGAAUUGGAGGGUUGCCCAAGGGUAGAAUUGUUGAGAUCUAUGGGCAAGAGGCAUCGGGGAAGACUACGCUUGCCCUUCAUGUGAUUAAAGAAGCUCAGGAGCUAGGAGGGUUUUGUGCAUAUUUUGAUGUAGAGAAUGCAAUGGACCCUUCACUUGCAGAAUCAAUGGGUAUAGACACAGAAAAACUCCUCUUUUUGCGUCCAAAUUCUGCUGAGAAUUUGCUCAGUGCUGUUGAUACGCUUGCCAAAAGCAGAUCCAUAGAUGUUAUUGUAGUUGAUAGUGUUGCUGCCCUUGUCCCUCAGUGUGAGAUUGAGGAUCCAAUUGGCACCUUUGAUAGAGAUGUGCAAUCCAGAAUCAUGACACAGGCUCUUAGAAAAAUUCACUCUUCCUUAUCACAGUCAAGAACUCUCAUCAUUUUUGUUAAUCAGAUUAGGUUAGGCCAAAAAACUGGCCAGGCUUCUAGGCAUCUUGGGGAAGUUACAUGUGGUGGAAAUGCCUUGAAAUUUUAUGCUGCUGUCCGUCUCAGACUUGCAAGGAGAGAAUUGCUGAAGGUAGAAAAUAAGGCGAUUGGCCUUGGCAUUUGCGUACAAGUGGUGAAAAACAAAUUGGCGCCGGCAAUGAAAAAGGCCGAUCUAGGGAUACUUUUCGGAAAAGGGUUUUGCUCGGAGGCAGAGGUCUUUGAUUUGGCCUUGGAACACGGGGUCAUCUUUAGAGAAGGAAACAAGUACUAUGUAGAACGGGAAGUGUUCAGCGAGAGAGACCAAGCUCAACAGUUUUUGGCUGAAAAUGCGAGUGCUCUCGGAAAGAUCAGAGAACUACUUCGGCAGCAGUUCUUCGAAAGCUAAAGCUGAUAACUGUUGGAUGAAUUUCAUAGACAUUUGCUUGGAAGUUCCUUUCAACAGGUAAUGCUGCUCCGCUAUCUUCAUCAGAAAUUCCGAUCUUCUGCAACAAGCAAGUUGCAAAUGGAAUUGCGUUCUCGCUGUCACUCAUUUGUAUAAAAUGGAACUGUAGGACUGCCUAUACAAUUGCACUUCAAUGUCAAAUGUCACGUCUGAUGAAGAAAUGAGAUGAUGGUGGCAUGGAAUGCCAUAUCAAAGAAGGCUCUCUCCGUUGGCAACCACGUCGCAAACGUUGUUGCUUGGAAGAUUCAUUUCAUCGCUACCACAUUCCAAACAUGUCGUUUGGAAGGAUUACCCUCUCUGUUACCACGCCGCAAGCUUGUUAUUUGGGAGCACCUCAAUCAGCAAGGAGACAUGAUGGCAGCAUAUGUAUCUUCAAUCAAUGUUAGGUCUUUAUCGGCCGACGGGAAUGCUCCGGCUGGAAAUGAAAAGUCCAAUAUGUUGUGCUGGACUUUGUGUUGAAGUUUAUGUCAUUCUCAUGUUAGUGUAGAAAUUUCAUGGAAGAAGGGCUUCAAAUUGUCCAAAUUCCCUAUCCAUUGAAGAGGACAAAUUUAGUUAUUGCAAGACUUUGACCCACGUAGGUGGCACCUUAAUCCUAGCAAUGUACAGCUCUGAAAAUUCAAAACAAAAAUAUCGUGGGCUGUGUAUCGA